GGAACGCGGGAGAUCUUCCGGGUCCUCCCUGCUUCCCAUGUGUGUGUUCCGCAGGCCGCUGGAACCGGCACGAGGGUGGCUGCGGGGAUGAAGUUCGCUUAUAAGUUCUCCAACUUGUUGGGCACAGUUUACCGACACGGAAACCUGAAUUUCACUCCAGAUGGGAACUCGCUGAUUAGUCCUGUGGGAAAUAGGAUUACUGUCUUUGACCUGAAAAAUAACAAAUCUGAAACAUUACCUCUGGCAGCUCGAUACAAUGUUAAGUGCGUCGGACUCUCUCCAGAUGGAAAUCUUGCUAUAUUAAUCGAUGAAGAGGGAGCAGCCUUACUUGUUAGCCUGAUCAGUAGAUCUGUGAUCCAUCAGUUCAAUUUUCAGAAACCUGUCCAUAGUGUCUGCUUUUCCCCAAAUGGAAAGAAAUUUGUGGUCACAAAGGACAAGGUUGCUCUGAUGUAUCAUGCCCCAGGGAAACAGCGAGAAUUUAAUGCAUUUGUCCUUGACACAACUUACUAUGGUGCAUAUGAUGAAACAACAUGCAUUGACUGGACUAAUGAUUCCAAAUGUUUUGCGGUAGGCAGCAAGGAUAUGUCAACAUGGGUCUUCGGAGCAGAACGAUGGGCUAACCUAAUUUAUUAUGCCUUGGGCGGUCAUAAGGAUGCAAUUGUUGGCUGUUUUUUUGAAGAAAACAGUCUGGAUCUGUACACUGUCAGUCGAGAUGGGGCUUUGUGUGUAUGGCAGUGUGACACUGGUCUAGAUGGCUUGAAAACGAGACAGCCCAAGGACAAAACUGAAGACAAGGAAUCUGCAAAAGACCUUGAUAAAGAGUCUGCAGAAGCACAAAGGGGCAAAGAGGUCCAUGGGGUAGCCAGUGCAAAUGGAAAAGAGAACAGAAAGAAAGUGAAAUACUCAUGUGCUGCCAAAUAUUUUUUCAACAAAGAAGGAGAUUUUAACAGUCUGACAGCUGCAGCUUACCACAAGAAAAUCCACCUUCUGGUCACCGGUUUUGCUUCUGGGAUUUUUCACCUCCAUGAGCUUCCAGAGUUCAACCUCAUCCAUUCUUUAAGCAUUUCAGAUCAAAAGAUCGCAUCUAUUUCAAUCAACAGUACUGGUGACUGGAUUGCCUUUGGAUGUGGAGGUCUGGGACAGCUCCUGGUAUGGGAAUGGCAAAGUGAGUCCUAUGUACUGAAGCAGCAAGGUCAUUUCAACAGCAUGGUGUCACUUGCAUAUUCUCCAGAUGGACAGUACUUGGUUACUGGUGGGGAUGAUGGGAAAGUGAAGGUAUGGAACACCAGCAGUGGCUUCUGCUUUGUCACCUUUACGGAACAUACUAGCAGCAUAUCUGCUGUAACAUUUACCACCUCAGGCUAUGUAAUUUUGAGUGCUUCUCUGGAUGGAACAGUGCGGGCUUUUGAUCUGCACAGAUACCGAAAUUUCCGCACAUUCACUUCCCCGCGACCAACACAGUUCUCUUGUUUGGCAGUGGACUCCAGUGGUGAGAUUGUUGCAGCUGGUUCUCAGGACUCUUUUGAAGUAUUUGUGUGGUCAGUGCAGAGUGGACGCCUUUUAGAUAUCUUGGCUGGCCAUGAGGGCCCCAUCAGCAGUCUGUGUUUUAAUCCAAUGAAGUGUGUCCUAGCAAGUGCCUCUUGGGAUAAAACAGUCAGAUUAUGGGAUAUGCUGGAUAGCUGGAGGACCAAGGAAACGCUGCCACUGAACUCCGAUGUGCUUGCGGUUGCUUUUCGCCCGGAUGGCAGUGAGCUUGCAGUUGCUUCCCUGGAUGGACAGAUCACUUUUUGGGAUCAUGAAAAUGCAAUGCAGAUUGGAUCGAUUGUGGGAAGACAUGACUUACAAAUGGGGAGAAAGGAACUGGACAAAAUAACAGCCAAGCAAGCUGCUAAAGGGAAAUCUUUUACUACUAUCUGUUACUCAGCUGAUGGGCAGUCCAUUCUGGCAGGAGGGCUGUCAAAGUUUGUCUGUAUUUAUCACGUCAAGGAGCAGAUUCUCAUGAAGAAAUUUGAAAUAUCUUGCAAUCUAUCUUUAGAUGCAAUGGAGGAGUACUUGGAUCGCAGGAAAAUGACUGAGUUUGGCAGCAUGGCAUUAAUAGAUGAAGGAACUGGGGAAGAUGAUGGUGUUGCCAUCCCUCUUCCAGGGGUCAAACGAGGUGAUAUGAGUUCUCGACAUUUUAAACCAGAGAUAAGAGUGACCUGCCUCCGUUUCUCUCCUACAGGACGAAGUUGGGCAGCAACCACUACAGAAGGCCUUCUUAUCUAUUCUUUAGACUCCGGGCUGGUCUUUGAUCCAUUUGAUCUGGACAUUGACAUCACCCCUAGCAAUGUUCGCAAAGUACUCCAUCAGAAGGAGUACACCAAGGCAAUUGUCAUGGCUUUUCGACUGAAUGAAAAGAAACUAAUUCAGGAGGUCCUGGAAACUGUGCCAUACAAUGAAAUUGAUGUAAUCUGCACAUCACUCCCAGAACUAUAUAUAGAAAAGAUGCUAGAAUUCUUAGCAUCUUCAUUUGAGACAUCUCGUCACUUGGAAUUCUACCUCAUGUGGACUCAGCGAUUGCUCAUGUUGCAUGGCUGCAAGUUAAAAACAAGAUCAGGGAAACUGCUACCUACCAUUCAGUUUCUUCAGAAGAGCAUUCAGCGCCACUUUGAAGAUGUUUCCAAACUUUGUGAUUGGAAUUGUUAUAACAUGAAAUACAUUCUGGCUAUUUCACAACAACGGGGAAUGAAACGUACAGCAGAAGAAUCUGAGAAUGACGAAGACUUGCAGGAUUCGGAAGACUCGAGUAAUGAUUCACCUAUGGAAUCAACUGUCCUUUCUUGAACAUCACUUGGUUAAUUUUUGAGAACUUUUUAAAACUGACACCGCAAUAAUUUAAACAGUGGUAUUCACUGAGAACUGAACAGCCCUCAUAGGGCUUCUUUUGUACAGUUGACAUGGAUGUGCAGCAACUUGACUGGGAGUCAGCAGUUACCCCUUUUGUUCAAACUAUGAUCUCUUUUUUGGUAACAGCAGAACAAACAAAUUUUCAAUAUUGCUAAGCUUCAAACAAGAGAGUGCUUGUGUUUAUCUUAGACAGGAUGGGUGCCAAAGUAUAUCAGGCACAACCCAACCACUGCUGGCACUCUUCAGCUUUCACAUGGGAACCUCGUUCCAUUAGGAUCCCUCCAAUAUCCCCACGGGAGACCCUCUUGAAGUAGAAGUGGCUCCCACUGGAAAAUAAUUUCACAUAUGCCCCCUGCCCUUCAUGUAUGUGCAGAGGUGCUUCCCACUUUCACAUAAAGUGGGAGUAUUGGGUUCCAGGCAUGACUUUUUCCUUUACUGUAGGUAAAACAUGAAAAUAUGUAGAAAUCCAUAUUGCUAGUUGCCUGAAGAACCCUGAUAUAAUCUCACUGCUAUCAAGUUAGACUACUGUUAUCAGAAAAGGUAAAGACUAGGGUCAGUGUGAACCUGCAUAAGUAUCUAAGAUUAUCUUUAAGGUUUCUAGGGCUAACUUAUAUCCCAGUAAUGUGGGAAUUGAGCCACUCUGAAAGGGGGCUGCUUGAGGAGUACAGCUUGUAUAGCUAAGAGUUUUUGCAACACUGGAAAGGUAGGAUGGUACCCCUGGCAGUGUGUGCAAAGAGUCUCUAGGCUGACGCACACAGCCUGAAGCUUCCUGACCAUGCACAUUCCCUCUUCCCACUCUGCUCCUGUGUGAUGUUGAUGUCCUGGUUUGGCUAGAUAACCCGUCCAUGUGUUGUCCAAACCCUGGAGCAGUUAAGUCUUGUGGUUUGUCAAGCUCCUUGGUUCAGACACACAAGGAGGUGCUUUAACAAAACCAGGAAACGGAUACCAGAGCUCUGCAGUGGAACUGAAAAGGAACCAACCCUGGUUUGUUCAGUUGUGUCUGAAUCUGCCCAAUAUUGGGAACAAAGCAAUGCUUAAUAGGAUUUCGUAAUCCUUUCUUUUAUUAUAUGAAUCAUCUCAUGAUAUAUAUUCUUGCUGUAAAGGAAUAAAUAUCCAUUUAAGAAAUUGGGCACAGGAAGCUUGGAAUAUGUUGGGGAGGUUAUAAAAAUAAUCCUAAUGCUUUCUGUGUGUUUAAACCCUGCAAUGAUUGUGCAGUUUUGUGAACAAACAAGGAAAUGCACAAAGCAAUGUAGUUACUACAAAGAAUUUUACUGUGUAUAAACUUUAGGGUCCAGGCUACAUACAUGUUAGUUUACCAUGUGAAAAGCAGCCCCACUCUGCUUGUUCAGGAUUUUGAAAGAUUUCUACUGAAAAUUGGAGUGGACUCAAGUCCUACAAACAAGAGGAGAAUGAACCACUGGCUGCUUUUGUCCUUUAUCUUGUUAUCACUCCAGACUAGCUAAUUUCCCCUGUUUCUGCAGUUGCUAGGAAGAGAGAGAUAAACAAGAGAAGAAAAGGUCUGGCCAUUGGCUGUUUAUCUUCAAUCUUCUCCAGCAUUCUUUGCCUAUUAGUGGGAAGGCUUCAGAGAGAGUUGGCUGCUUUUCAUGUGGUCAGCACACUGUGAAUCAUACUACACAUUAUAUCACAAUAAAUAUGUUCACUAUUUGCUAUUGGAUAACCAGUGGAGAAGCUCGUAAAUGGAUCCAAAAACAGUUGCUUUAGAAAAUAAACACACACCCAAUGGUGAUGUUUUGAGCAUUUUUUGGUUUGGUAUGGAGUUGGUUUCACAGAAUUUCUAGUACCAAACUCCAGAGUACGAUGUUUCUGUUCCCUUUUACAUAAGUAAAGGGUACAAAGGCCACUGGGCCAGAUAUAUGUUUAGGGAUGGACAACACUGCUUAACUAUACCUGGUUAAUUUUUUUUAAUAAAAAUGACUGAAGGCUAA